UUAUUAUUCUUUGAAAUGUGCAUGCAGACGUGACAUUCCAACUCUGUAUACCAUUUGCACUUUACUUGUAGUAUCUAUGACAACGAGGACAAUAAAGCAGGAUGCAGGAUUGAUUCCAACUCUGGAGGAGCAUAUUCUGCAACUGGUUGACCAUGAGGCAUGGCUUGAUGCUCAAAUUGCGGAACUGGAAUUCGCAAUUAACCAUGCAGGGGAGAUAGCAGACACAGCCAUCCCUAAUGAUAACAUUUCACUUGAUGAAAUACGAGCAACAACAGAGAUGCGAAUCGAUAUGCUGAAACAAGAAUUGAUCGUAGCAACAUCCCUUGAAACUGUUCGUACAAAGGUUAUUGAUAGCGCACACGCAUAUCAUAUAAUUCUCAAAAGUCUAUUUAAGGAUGAUCAUGAUGAAAGGGCUCUUGCCAGUGCAAUCCAGGAACGAGAUGAUGCAGUAUCACAGUACCUUCAUAUACAUAAAGAAUUACAGCGGACACGGCAUGAUCUUUCAGAAACUCAACGCAAGACGUUAGAUCUUCAAGAUGAAAAUCGUAAAGUGCUACAACUGUUAUCAGAUGAGUCUAGAGAAGCCAAAGAGGCCUCUAAGACCACUGAUACUAGUGCUAAUCAACAAAAAACUAAGAAAAUGAAAGAGGAGUUAAAAAAGAUUAUGAUUAAAUAUAAUGUCCUAGCCAAUGUGUUACAGGGACUUUUACUUGAGAGUAACGUAGACUGGGCGAACGAUCCACAUUUCCUUGAAGUCAUGUUGAAACUGCAACAUUCUGAUGAAUAAGAUAAAAUAUUAUACCAGUUCAUUUAAAAAAAAAAAAAAAAAAA